AUGAGUGAACACGCCUUUGACUGGCUCCGCGGAGAUGCCAUUAAAUGGGGCCAUACGCCUCCAGUGAACAAGAUCGAUACCCACCACCACUUUGUCCCUCCGUUCUAUGCUAAGGCGCUCGAAGAGCAAGGAGGCGAUCCCAGUGGUUGGCCUACGCCCCUUUGGAAUCCUCUGGCUUCCAAACUUCUGAUGAAGCAUGUUGGCGCGCGGACUGCCAUACUCUCUGUGACAGGCCCAGGCGCCUGUAUCCUCCCAGACCGUCAGCGCCGCGCUCAACUCGCAAGACAGUUAAACGAAUAUGCCGCCGACAUUCGUGACAAAGAACCUGAGAAAUUUGCCUUCUUCGUAUCAUUACCCGACAUUCUCGAUACCGAGGAUACCCUCGCGGAGAUUGCGUAUGGGCUAGACACCCUCCACGCCGAUGGAGUUACCCUAUUCACUCGCUAUGGUUCUUCCAACACCUACCUCGGCCAUCCAGACGUGGAGCCCAUUUGGGCUGAGCUCAACAGGCGAAGCUGCGUUGUGUUCAUUCAUCCGACGCACCCAGUCGAUACCAAUACCAUCAACACAAAGCUCUCUCAGCCAGUCGUCGACUAUCCCCACGAAACAACCCGCACGGCAAUGGACAUGAUCGUGAACGAAACACGACUCAAGUACCCCGCCUGCAAAGUUAUACUCUCGCAUGCCGGCGGAACCAUCCCAUACCUGAUCUCCCGGGCCUUGACGCCGAUGAAAAACGCACCUGGUCUUGUAGCUUCGCACCGCAUGGGCACAACAUAUGAUAAAGCCAUGGAGUCAUUCCGCAGCUUCCACUUCGAUUUGGCGCUGAGCGCGUCACCGCAAGUUCUGGAUAUGCUGAUCAAGAUGGUUCCGCAUGACCAUAUCUUGUACGGCAGCGAUUUCCCGUAUGCUCCGAAAACUGGGUACCCAACGUUCUUGGAGCAGUUGGAGAGCUACGAGAUGAGUCAGGAGUUGAGGGACAUGAUUAAUUUCAACAAUGCGAUCAAGUUGUUCCCGCGAUUGGCGAACCGGAGGAGCGGAAAUCUCUAG